AUGUCCAACUUGUUGGCGAUCCUCCCACUCGAGAUAAUGAAUGAAAUUGCCUCCUAUCUCAAGUUGUUAGAUUUUAUCAGCUUCGCCCACACAGCACGCCUCUUCUACAACAUCGUCAUUCCAAGAAUCCAUAGGGGUGCUGUCAAGCAUAUCUUCCCCGAAAUGAAAGUCAUCUAUAUUGGACCACCAAUGGGGAGCCGAUUUUUCGAAGCCGAGCAAACGGUUCUGGAAUGGGCAGCAGGUAAAGGAUUUGCCCGUUUAGCAGAUAGCAUCCUGGGGCUGGCCUUAAAGGGAAGGUUCGCAUACCUGAAUUACAGACAUGCGCUGAAAUUAGCAGCCCAACGAGGGUUAAGGCCAACAGUGGAAUUGUUGUUCGAAAAAUAG